AUGUCCAUUCUGAGGGCCGGUUGCCGUGGUGACGAUGGAGGCGGGUCCAGUGGUUCCAUGGAGCAGGCGCCAAUCAAGAGCUGCCGGUGCCACUGCGAAACCGCGGAGUCCGAGCCGGAGCGUCUGACGGCGGGAGUGGAAAUGACGGUGUGGAGCCAGCGGGACUGUCCCGGCUCGGCACAGCGAGGAAGAGGAGGAGGAGGCAGGAAGAGGGAAAGAGCCGUGGCCAACCUCAUUACCUCCUGCCUCAGUCUGUUGAUGCCUCAGACGUCUCUCUCAGCUGCGAAGGACCUGAGUAACUGGUCUUCGGCUCCAGCUCGUGGCUCAGAGCUGGAGCCGCGAAGGCAAUGUCUGCUCCUCCCGCGGGACGCAGACCUUCAGCGGCCGAUGACCUCAUCUUCUCCUCGCUCGCUUCAUGUCGAGGCCGCGGUGGAUGACGCUAUUGUGGAGCAGGGGCAAGAGCCGGAGCAGGAGCAGGAGCCGGAGCAGGAGCCGGAGCAGGAGCAGGAGCCGGAGCCGGAGCCGGAGCAGGAGCCGGAGCCGGAGCCGGAGCCGGAGCAGGAGCCAGAGCAGGAGCCGGAGCCGGAGCCGGAGCCGGAGCCGGAGCAGGAGCCGGAGCCGGAGCCGGAGCAGGAGCCGGAGCAGGAGCCGGAGCAGGACCCGGAGCAGGAGCCGGAGCCGGAGCAGGAGUAG